AUGAAUUGCCACUUAAAUAUAUUCAGCAUUUGUGCAGUGAAUGAUCAAGUGAAGCGAAGGACAUCUAAUUUGCAUGCGAUUGCCCAUGACCUUGAGAGACUCGCUGUUCCCCUGGACCAGCCAGUUCCCCCUACUCUGUCAUUUUAUUCAGAAUGGGAGAUAGACAGAAGUUUACUAACCAAAAUCAAGAAACUAGGCAGUGGAGAGUUUGCAGAGGUGUGGCACGGACUCUGGAACAAGACAACAGAUGUGGCCAUCAAAGAGUUUAAAGUCAGCAGUCCAAACAUCAAAACAGAGAUUGAAAUCAUGAAGGAACUGCGACACGAGCGUUUGUUGAAGCUCUACGCCGUCUGUACCAUUGACGAACCCAUCUGGAUAAUCACAGAGCUCAUGAAAAAUGGCAGUUUAAAGAAAUUUCUCAUCAGCCAUAAAGAGAAACAGGAUCUAGAGUUUUCGCUUAUGAUGGAUUUUGCUGUCCAGAUUACAGAAGGAAUGAUUUACCUUGAAAAUAGAAUAGUUCACAGAGAUCUGAGAGCUGAUAACAUUCUACUCACCGACAUGCAGUCCUGCAAAAUAGCCGAUUUUGGGCUUGCUGAACUCAGUCUCACAGGCAACCACAGAAGUUCAUCAGAUGUUAAGGUUCCUGUGAAAUGGAUGGCUCCUGAGAUAUUUGAGAACAAUGGCUUCACAAGCAAUAGUGACGUCUGGUCUUUCGGGAUCCUCAUAACUGAAAUCGUCACAUAUGGAGAUGACACAUACCCUGGUCAAGACAAAAUGACGUGCAUUCGAGCCGUUCAACGAGGACAGUGGAUGGAGCGGCCGUCCGGUUGCCCUGAAGCACUCUAUGAAAUUAUACUGCUGUGCUGGAGGUCAAAGCCGGAGGAGAGACCAACAUUUACUGUACUAAAGGAGAAACUGAUGGCUCUCAUCCAUGAGCCAGUUUCUGAACUGGAGUAGAUACCAUAGAAAUGAGACACUUUAGAGCUUAACAUGUACACAUUCACUAACGUAAUAGUUUGCACAUAGAGGACAUAGUAUAUAGGAAAUAUCUACUGAAAUAAUUACAUUAUAUAUGGGUAGAUUUGCACUCUACAACAUCAGGAAGAUAAGACCCUUCUGAACUCUUUGUUCAGUCUCUUGUCAUAUCAAGACUGGACUACUGCAAUGCUCUUUUGGCUGGCCUUCCUGCAUGCACAGUUAGGCCUCUGCAAAUGAUCCAGAAUGGAGCAGCAUGUCAACAAACCAAAGAGAGUGCAUGUUACACCCCUCCUUGCGAAAACAACAACACUUGCAAAAUGUCAAAAACAACAGCAGCAAAAUAGCGCCCACAACUGACAUUUAUUGAGCAACAUGGUAUAAAAGUAGCAUUAAGCUUCAAUAAUUUGCUGAAAUUACAAUAUUAUGAGAACACACAAAGUGAUUGACAGGCAGAAAGCGUCAUUGACCGCGGCCAACAGACACAUUUUGUUUGCUGUUUACAGAGUCUAGCGCUGUCACAGAGACCGGUGAGAUAUAUCAGGACACUUAUUUCAUUAAAAUCUUUCAGGGAGUAGGAAUAUUUUUUGUAUAACCUUAUUAAAAAUUAAAAUAAUGAUAUAUUAUUAUUAUUAAUAUAUACAGUAUAUAUUCAAUUAAAUAACAUAUAGUGUAUUACAGCAAAAUAAUGUAAUACAAUGUUUUUUUUUAUUUAAAUCAGCAUAAAUUACAGUCACAAGUACUAUUAUGGUGCAUCAAUACUUUAUAAUUUACAUAACAUCAUAUUUGUUCUGCUUUACAGUUAUUAGAAUGAGAUUUGCUUGCAUUAUGUGAUUUAUUGUUAUGAAAAAUAAUGUCACAAUGCAAAAACUUGAAAUAGUCCUAAAAAAUAGGCUUCUAAGUUACAAUUUUGCUGUUUAUUUUUGGGUGAUAUUUGACCCAAACAUGGCAGGUUGACAGGUUUUGUGAGAUUCUAUCAAACAAAUGAUUAUUUACUGUAGGUAUAGAACAUGCCUCUAGCUACGCCAUUGUGAUUGGUUUGAUUCUCACACAAACUGGUCAAAUAUAUAUAUAGACUGUGAAUGUAGUGCAUUAUUCACUUUGGAGAAAAGUGCCAAAUGUAUACUGUAAAUGUAACACUAGUAUUACUGUAUGUGUAAAAUUUCAGAAAAGCUUGCAUAGCUGUGAUUCGGUAUCUUUAUUUCCAUAAACCUGUUGCUAUAUUCCCUGGAAAGAAGGACAUUCCUGACUGACAUAAACUAAUGUGGCCGACGCUGCUGAACUCGAUGAUGAACAAAUGAUGACCGUCCUGAACCAACUGCUGAAAUGACAUCUGACUUUUGUGACAGAAGAGCCUAUGCAAAUACAUGUUGGACUUUUAAGCUGUGUAUUUCAUAAACCACUGUAGAAAGAGAACGUAUCUUCUGUGACUUGACAAAAAAACGUAAGAAUGUAAUCAUGUCAAUCUUUAUAGUGUCCAGCUUGCUGCUAGUAAUUACACUUUCUUUUAAGUAGGCUUCCUUCUAAGAAAACAUUUCAAGUGACUUUGAAUUUUGUUUUGCUUUUUUACAUUACUAAAAUGUUU